AUGCCCCGGAGACCGUGGCUCCUCAUCACUGGCAUUGCUGGGUUGUUGCUGCUACUGCUCUAUCGCCACGGUAGAGCUCCUGCUGGUCACAGGGAACAAACCAUCGAUGUGGCGGAGCAGAAGUCCCUGCCCGGGCCCUCGGAUUUUGCCAUCCUGUGUAUGACGACGCAAGAGACAAGCUAUGACUGGAUGUCUUUCAGUAACAAGCACAAAUAUGCGAAGAAGCACGGACAUGAUCUGAUCUGGGAUUUUGAGCCAGCUCACGGGUACGCGAAGGUCUGGGACAAGCUGAACGUCACGAGAGACGCCGUAGAAGCCACGCUCUCGGGACGGAAAAGUUACCAGUGGCUAUGGAUGGUCGACUUUGACACUCUCAUCACAAACACUGAUAUACGCCUCGAUAGCGUCAUUGAACAGAGCUUGCUCUUCGCAGAGCUAGAAGGCAGCAGCAGAGACGAUAUGCACCUCAUCCUCACCCGAGACUGCCAACCUCUAAAUGCUGGCAGCAUGUUCUUACGUGCAUCACCCUGGGUGCUGGACUUCGUCGAGCAAUGGCGAGCCGGAGCGAAUGUGCUGGCCAUGAACACCACCAAUCACAACCAUCUUGUUCGCAAUGAGCAGGAGGUCUUGCGUGACAUGCUUGCUAGCAAUGAGUUUGACGUUGUUAAUAAGAGUGUCAUCGCGCCUCAAUGGAUUUUCAACGCAUAUCCGGAAGAGAUCCCAUGUCGCGACACUCGAUUCAAUACUGCUUGGAAGCCUGGCAUGUUUGUGAUGCAUUUCGCUGGAGCUGGCUGGGUCACGAAGCAACAAGACGCUGUCGGCACGCUCAUGAGGAAGUACUGGCCUAUGGUAGAUCAUAUGGAGGUGUGA